AUGACGCCCUCGCGCCACGGGGCGUUAGCGUCGACCUAUAGCCCAGACAACGUGGCUGGAGCAGACGGAGACCAUGACCCCACUGAAAUCACCUUUCCAGGAUGUUCUUGCCUUACCAGCUCCUGUGUGGUUCACGCGUGCUCGUGUCUUUGCCACGGUGAAAAUUACAACAGUUUGUGCCUCUGGCCUACAGACAAAGAGGAGGAGUACGCCAGGCCUGUUUUUGAAUGCAAUGCCAUGUGCCAGUGUGGUGAAUCCUGUCAAAACAGGGUUGUUCAGAGGGGUUUGCAAUUCAGACUUGAGGUGUUCAAGACUGAGAAGAAAGGGUGGGGUCUUCGCACUCUGGAAUUCAUAGCUAAAGGAAGAUUUGUUUGUGAAUACGCUGGUGAAGUUUUAGGCUUUACUGAGGCACGUAGAAGAAUGCAGGCCCAGACAUCAAAGGAUUCGAACUAUAUUAUAGCGGUGAGGGAGCACCUCCAUAGUGGUCAGGUAAUGGAGACAUUUGUUGACCCUACGUACAUCGGUAACGUAGGCAGAUUCCUGAAUCAUUCUUGUGAACCAAAUUUAUUUAUGGUGCCAGUUCGAGUUGACUCAAUGGUGCCUAAACUGGCACUUUUUGCAGCUGCUGAUAUUUCGGCCGGAGAGGAACUUUCAUAUGAUUAUUCUGGAAGAUUCCAUAAUUUAUCAAUAACUAAUAGAGAACAAAAAUCUUUAGAGGACGAUAACAGCUUGAGGAAGCCUUGCUACUGUGGUUCCCGCACCUGCGCUUCCUUCUUACCUUGGGACAGCUCUCUCUUUUCCACACCCGACACUUGUUCAGGGAGCUCUCCGUAGCUUUUCAGUCCCUAAGCAGACCUAACAAAUAGCAUUUUCUUGAGUAGUUAAAUUGUAGUUAAAUAAAACUCAGAUUGUGUAUUCCACCAAGGAAGCACACGUGGUUUUGACUAACAGCUAGAAGACGAGAUUUUGAGAAUAACUUCAUGCAACAUCCUAGAGACUGUGUUCAAGGUGGAUGGCAUGAUAUGAGGGAGCAGCGGAGCUUCAAGACGUUCCAAAAUCAGUUACUAAGCCAGGCCUGGUGGUUUUUUUCUUCAUUUCUUCUGACAGCUUGAUGUAUGAUAAAGCACCUCUCUCAGUCUGUACCUUUUAGAAAGAAGGAACUUGAACAUUGGUACACAGAAAGGACAUGUGAUAACGACGAGAAAUGUCACUGAAAAUUACACAAGAGAGUGAGACCAAGGAAUGCUGACAUUUGCAAGAAGGGCAUUAGGUUUCUUAAAUCCUGUUAAAAUAAUUUACUUUUUUUAAAUUACUUGCUGUAAUUUUUUUUGUUCCACAAAACAUAAACAACUGGUUAUUAUUGAUGUAAAAUCUUGCCCAGAAAGGUUAGCCUGAAUGCUUUGUCCCCUCCUGUUUUCCAUCUCCGGUCACAUCUAGCUGCAUGCCAAAAUCUGGUUUUAAGUUACUAGUUCAUUGCAUUACCAUUUAGCUUCUGUGUAAACGGCACAGUACUGCAGGCUCUGAGAAGUACAAUCAUCCCAUCUUUUUAAAUCGCAUCUAUCUCACGGCUCGUCCAAUAAGACUUCCGCAAUAAUAGCAAGCAGCACGCCCAUGUUACUUUCCAGCACUAUUAUUAUGCGCUCAGGAAGCAAAUUGAGACUCUGCAGUCUAAAGCAGUGUGAUGCUGCUACUCGGACUUCUGAAAUGGGUUAAAGUAGGAAAUAGAAAAGUACAUCUGAACAAUGACAGAGUUGUGGUUUUAUGUUGUUGAACAGCGGGCAGCCACGUGAGCAUUCCUUUCAGCUGCUAACUGGUUUGUUUUCGCUAUUCCUACAGAGCCAAACAGUAUUAAGCAAAGCCUGUCCUCUCCCAGCAGAGGGAGAAGGUCAUUGCCUCUUUUCGUCAUUCUUGUACAGAUCUAACAAGCGCACACGGCUUUGCUGAGCGUCUCCUUACACCAGGGAUACACGAGAGAGCUUACCAGAUGGGGUACGUUCUGCAACUGCACGUUACUUCACUUCCUUUCUAGAACGAUCAAAUUAAGGAAGCUUCAAACAGGCUUGUUUUGAAUUUCCCCGAUCUUUGAUAUACAAGACAGAUAAACUACAGUGCUGCUUUUCACAGUCAUGCCACAGUGCUCCAUCGGUGGCACAAACCCCUGGGUUAUUUGCUCUGUACGGUUUGAUCUUUAACUAUAUUCAUAACCUUUGACAAAACAUGCACACACGGGGUAGUGCCUCUCGGGGGGAUCUGCUGUUCUGCAGGCCAUCGGCAACUUUUUUUUUUAAUAAAAAAGACAACUUUGAUUUGGACCUGAAAGAUUAAUCUGAUACCGCCAUCAGGGAUAAAGGGAUAAAGGACAUUUUGCUGCUCUUACUUUUGCUAUUUGCUAAACAAAAUCUUACUUUGUGUUUACUUAUACUUCCUAGAUAAGCCUCAGGGUUGGCUUCUCCCCAUUUAAUGUAUACCUUCCUGCUUCCAUUGUGAAGACCUGCUGUUGAGAUUUACAUACGGCUGUGGUUUUAGUUUAUGAAAAUUAGUACGUGAUUUUUCUUAGGGUUAAUCAUUAAGCGUCACUUCUGUCAAUACAGAAAGCUUCCAAAGGGCUUCAGCUGCUUGUCAAAAGCAAUUUACAAGCUAAGUGGCCAUUAACUUUAUUCCUUGCCCGAUUAAGGGUGCCUGCUUCUACAGAAGUUCUCCAGGUCCCGUAACUCAGAACGCACGCUGCACUAGAUACCAGAGUACAGCUUAGGUCGCAGGGUCUCUUGUCCUAGUUAGAGGCUUAUCUGGUUUUCUUCCCCCAAAGGGCAUUGCGCCAGCCACUUUCAGCCUGCAGGACUGGGACUGGAUGAUCCAAUCUACUUCAUCUUUCCCUCCUGGAAAAAGUUUCAGGACUAGUUUUAUACCAUCUGUAUUCCUAUUCCUCAAGAUUAGAUGGGUUUUCAAGAUGACGGCGCUGUUUGCUAGCUUCCUGUUAUGUGAAUAUGUACUUGGCAUGGUUUUGAGUAGUUAAGGAAGCGUAGAUUGAAAAAAAAAGUCACGCCAGAACACAAACCCCCAGACACCGUUAGCAAUAUCUAGUCCUUGCAUCACCUGCCUUAACCCAGAGAACACAGCCGAGCCUUCAGUCUCGGUGCAAUCCUACCCUUCCAGUCCCAGCCAGCUGAUGCUGCUUCUAGCAAGUGACCUGAGUAUCAGUUACCUGGAUAGAACAGACUUCCACAGCACAGAACAAGAAGAGAGCGUUGUACUGUUGAAAACAGCCAGCCGCAGGAAAGGCCUUGCAAGAACAUGAAAUACUACGUUGGCCUUGAGUUCUAAACCAUCGUGGCAAUUGUUAAUGGCCUUUUUCCAUAUAGCGUGUGCUUUAUACUCUGCUAUGCCUUCGCACUACAGCCGAGAGCAAAAUCUUACUGAAAAGCAAAAAAUCCUCUUACAAGGGACUAAAAAAAGACAAUAGACCCUUGUUUCUACCUGCUGCAUUUCUGUUCACUUUUUCCUUUGGGUUCCUUUCAGCUUCAGAGUCCCCGUCUACCACUUCACAGUUCAGCGUGCUCUUUUGCAAUGAGUCCAAUCAAACAGCUCAAAAGACCGUAAGCUCUGUGUAAUCCUCCCUCCUCCUUUCUACUCUCAAAGUGCAGUAAUGAUUGUCAAUAUUUCAAUACUCACUCAAGCUCCCAUUGAAAUCUGAUCAGAUUAAUUCAUGGAUGUUUAAUGGAAGAUCUUGCAAGAAAAUACAGUAACCGUUAUCCAAACAAAAGCAGCAUGAAUGGGACACAUUCCACCAUCUCCGCAGAAGACCAGGAAGACUUUCCUCCACAUGCCACCCACAGCACAACGAGUAUUGACUGACAUAUACCUGAUGGUGUGGCAUCACGAAGCUGUUUAUUUAAAUAAAGUCUCAACGAUUUUCCAAUAUAUGGACUUGUGUGUGUAUUUUUAUCAAGGAUUUUUUCCCAGAAUAAAAAACAAAACCAGCUCUAGGCAAAAGCUUUUAUAAAGUU